AUGGCGACUUCGAUGAUUCAAAGGUUGUUCAAGCAAGGCACGAAGAUCGUCGGUGUUGGUCUCAAUUACGCUUCACACGCCAAAGAACUAGGCAACGCCCUCCCAAAGGACCCGAUUGUGUUCUUGAAACCAACCUCGUCGUACCUGGAAAACGGUGGAACAAUUGAGAUCCCACAUCCUUUGGAUUCACUUCACCAUGAGGUGGAACUCGCUAUAGUAAUUGGACACAAGGCCAGAGAUGUUCCUGAACGGUUAGCUAUGGAUUACAUUGGRGGAUAUGCGGUUGCUCUUGAUAUGACUGCUAGGGAAAUCCACGCUUCUGCCAUGGCAUCUGGUCUCCCAUGUACGCUUGCUAAAGGACAGGAUACCUUCACUCCCAUCAGCUCUGUUCUACCAAAGGCAAUGGUGAUGGAUCCCAAUAACCUGGAACUUUGGCUAAAGGUUGAUGAUGAGACAAGACAAAAAGGUUGGACAAAAGAUAUGAUCUACAAGGUCCCAUACCUCAUUAGCUACAUAAGUUCUGUAAUGACCCUUUUCGAAGGAGAUGUCAUCUUGACAGGUACACCAGAAGGUAUAGGACCUGUAAAGGUUGGUCAGAAGAUAACCGCUGGAAUCACCGGUCUUUCUGAAGUUCAGUUCGAUGUCGGUAGGCGUGUAAAGCCAUUGUUGAGCUAG